AUGGGAGCAGAGGUGUGCACGUCGCGGCCGAUACAGAAGCUGUAUCUGGACUUCCUGGGCAAAUAUCCACGAUCUCGGAAAGGUAAUGCCUAUAUUCUAAUAGUGUUGGAUCACUUUACUAAGUUUGUGUGGCUCAAAACCAUGCCAAAAGCGACGUCCGCAGCGACAAUAAAGUUCUUGAGGGAGGAACUCUUUAACACGUUUGGAGUACCGGAGAUAGUACACACCGACAACGGGAAACAGUUUACCUCCAAGGAGUUCGAGGAAAUGGUGUCCCGUUUCGGGAUCACACAUACGCGGACAGCAGCCUAUUCACCCCAGGCAAACGCAUCGGAGCGGGUGAAUCAGUCUAUUUUGGCGGCGAUAAGAACACAUGUUGGCGAGGAUCACACGCAUUGGGAUGUAAAGAUACCAGAGAUACAAGCGGCACUGAGAAGCGCGGUGCACUCAACGAUUGGAACAUCUCCGUAUUAUGCGAUGUUUGGCCAACACAUGUUUCGCAACGGGGGCGACUACCGAUUGGCUCGGAAGCUGGAUGCUGAUGCGGCAGUGAAAAUUAAGCAACUGCCCAGAGAAGACCAAUUGCAAAUCCUCCAGGAAAAGAUCGUGGCCAGGGCCCAUCAAGCCUUUGAAAAGUCGAAAAAAAGGUAUAAUCUAAAAGCUAGGGAGAUACAAUACCGACCAGGACAGGAGGUGUGGAAGCGCAACUUCGUUCUCAGCGACUUCAAGCGAAAUAUAAAUGCAAAAUUCUGCAAAAGGUAUUCUCGAUGCAGGAUAAUGAGACCAGUGGGCAAAAACAUGUAUGAAUUAGAGAACUUACAUGGCAUCCGAUUGGGAGUUUUCCACGCCAAGGACUUGAAGCAGUAG